AGGAGGUGGCCGUCGAUCCCGCUGCACCUCGUCGGCACAGACGGGACCAUGCACUACGCCGGCCAUGGCAUCAUGGGUCGCGGUGCUCUGGACGGCGAGAGGUUGUGCUUCAGCGAGCCGGUGCGCAAGCUCCGCAGCGAGGAGGACUCAGAGGACACCGAGCUGGUGCGCAAGACCCACAGCGCCGGGGACGUUGCCAGCGAGAGCUUCUCUCCGGGGGAGAACGACACCGAAACGUGCGACAGCCCCGAGAGGUGCUGCCCACGCCCGCCCACGGAGACAGCGCCGGCGACCCGUCACCUCCGACGCAUCCGAUGGGCGUCGCCAUGCCGGGAGGCGCCCGCGUCGGCACCGCCGGGGGACCAGGCGCGCCACCGGAGCUUGCUGCCACCCGUCUUCGGGCGCGCGGGCCACCUCGCCCCGGCGGCCCCCGAGUCGGCGCCGGGCAGCGCCCGGCCUCACCGCCGGGUGGCCCUGGCGGCGCCGGCCGGCUUCGACGACCUGCCCGGCCCGGCGCCGCCCGCGGGCCCCUGCCCGCCCGCGGCGCCGGGCAGCGCCAGGCGCUUCCGGCCAGCUGCGAGGGCGGGCCGGGCCGUUGCAGUGGAGGCCAGCCCGGGCGCGGCCGCCGAGCCGUGCUGGCCCGAGGAGGACAUCGGUGUGGGCUUCGGCGAGCCGCAGCCCUGGGACAUUGAGGUGGCGGCCCUGCUGGAGAGGCCCUCCUGGGGGGCCGGUGGACCGGUUCCGCGCGCCAGCGGGCAAGCGGCCUCUCCCGCCGGUCUUUCGCCGGAUGCGCUCUGUCCCAGCCCAGGAGGCGCAUCCA